AUGCAACUCAACACCCUGACCGCCCUCCUUCUCCUCUCCUCCACCUCCGUCCUCGCAGACUCCAUCGGCGACUCUAUCAACAACAUCGUCGACGGUGCCAAAGGCGCCGCUUCCACAGCCGUUGACGGCGGCCGCAACAUUGCCUCCGCAGCCGUAACCGGCGCCGAGGGCGCUGCCGCCGACGUCACCUCUGAAGGAGGAAACAUUGCCUCGCAGGUCACCGGCGCCGCAGGCAGCUAUCUCAACAGCGCCAGCGAUGCCGCUGCGUCUGUGACCAGCUCGUUGGGAUCGGAGGCUUCGAGCGCGACGGCGACUGCCACUUCGACUUCAGGAUCAGCGUCUGCUAGUGAAACGGGAUCGAGCUCGGGUAGUGCCAGUGCGUCCUCGUCGUUCAUCACGACUACCUUGACCAACUCGCAGGGUGAGGCUACUGCGACGAGUACUUCGGCGUCUGCGGCGGAUCAGACUACCUCUUCUUCUGAGGGUGCGGCGCCCCAGAUGACUGGGUUUAUGGGUGUUGCUGGUGUUGCGGGUGUUUUGGGUGUUAUGGCUGCUCUGUAA